AUGAGUAAGGAAAAUGGCAACAGUCUGUAUCCCGAUAUUCAUGAAGGCAAAUCCCAAUCAUCAUCUUCUAAAAAGUUCAUGGAUCAUGGACCUGAGGAUCUAGCUCUGGUUGUGAAGGCGACCGACUUUGCUGCUAGACGGCAUCGUAAUCAGAAGCGUAAAGAUCUUACUGGAACACCGUACAUAAAUCAUCCUAUUGGAGUAGCUUACAUUCUUACGAAUGAAGCGAAGGUGUUCGAUGCGGCCACCCUUGCUGCAGCUAUGCUUCAUGAUACCGUACACGAUAUUGUGAAGGAAUGCACUGAUGAUAAAUCGCUGCCGAAAGAUGUAAGGAAGAAGGCCCAAAUCGAAAAUGCUCCAAAGCACUCCCAUAAGGCGAAACUCGUCCAUUUGGCCGAUAAACUCUACAAUCUACGCGACAUAGAACGUCAAACACCAAUCGGUUGGGAUCGACGACGUGUUAAGGAGUAUUUCAAAUGGUCGAAAGAGGUUAUUGCUGGCAUGAAAGGCACGAAUGAAAAUCUUGAGAUGACUCUCGACGAUCUCAUAAAUAAGCAUCUGGCUUAA